UGGGAAAGUCUGGUGAGGUCUAUGUAUCAGGAUUGCAACUUCUAAUGACUACUUCUUCUCUCUUUUGGCUGACCUGAAGCAAUUAAAUUUCGCCUUAAGUACUGAACAACUAUUAGUAAAUGCUCAAACCAAUCAACCAAUGGUGCAGUUUAUGAAGGAUGGACCAAAAUAGUUCACAUCAACAAUCACUCUUAAUAAAUCAUAGCCAUGAGGCAAAUUUCAGGCUUCGUUAAAUCAGGAAAUGGCAAAACAGUCGGGAACUGAAACAUCUCUGCUCAGGUCUGCAAUGAGAUGGUGCGUGGAGAUCAAAAGGUCAUAUUGUCUAUGAUGGUUGGAAUGCUUGGAAUUGACAUCCGAAUGCCAUCACUCCUGAGGUCCAAGACAGUGAAGAAGAGGACAAUCAUCGUAGGCUUAAAAUCAGAUAACUGCGGUAGAGAGAUGCUGCUUCGAUUACUUACUUCGGUUGUAAAGCCAGGGGAUAGUGUUUUGGCUAUUCAUGUUCAAGUUUCAAACGACACUUUUGAUCCAAACACUUUCCACAUCCAUGAAGAUCUCUGCAAGUCUAAGCAGGUGGAUUUGCAGGUUAAGGUUUGCAUUGGAGACUCGUACAUUUCUGAGUUGGCCCGUCAAGUACGAGUAAACUAUGCAACUAUCCUUGCACUUGGAUGCAACCCUUCAGGGCCCAGAUAUUCAGUCGUAAAUAUUUGUCUGAAAAGGUUGCCUCCCACUUGCUUUCUUCUGGUUUUGGAUAGCAUAGGAAGAAUCCUGGUCCAGAGGCAGGGAACUUCCCAACAAGGCUCUACAAAGGUAGUCCUCCAAACUUCUUUGUCACUUCCAUUGAACCGCACUUGCUUUGAUCAAUCAAUUCCCACCCGGAAUUUGCAAAAAUCAUUGACCAUACCAUCGCCCUCAAUGUCGUCAUCAUCAACACCGCAAAUUAAUCCGUUCAAUGUCAAGAAGACAGUACAGGUUCCUGACUUGGUCACACAGAAGAGAUUAGUAGAGGGAUCCAUCAAACAUUUCACAUCAGAAGAGCUUAGUUUUGCAACUACCAAUUUUAGCCCUUCAAUGGUAAUAGGAGAAGGCGGCCACAGUAAGGUGUACAGAGCAAACCUUGAGGAUGGUCGUGCUGCAGCCGUGAAAGUCCUUAAAACCGCCCCUUCUUCGGAGGAUGAUCUUCUCCGAGAAGUAGGCCUGUUGUCUGGAAUAAAACAUGAACACAUAGUCCAGAUUAUUGGUUACUGUAAUGACAAGGACAUGUGUGCAAUCGUGUAUAAUCUACUAGAGGGAAGCCUGAAGCAAUAUUUGAGACAACUCUCGUGGAGUGAGAGGAUGGGGGUCGCGAUUGGUAUGGCGAAGGCGUUGCAGUACCUUCAUCAUUCUUGCAACCCUCCUGUCAUUCAUAGAGAUGUGAAAUCAUCUAACAUUCUCCUCUCUGACAAUUGCCAACCACAACUGACAGAUUUUGGAUUAGCAUUGCUACUUCAUCAAACCUCAGAAACUGCAAAGUCAUUUAAUGUUGUUGGGACCUUCGGAUACAUGGCCCCUGAGUACAUGAUGUAUGGAACAGUUGAUGAGAAGACAGACGUGUACUCCUUUGGGGUUGUGCUUCUGGAGCUCAUCACUGGCAAAGAGGCGAUUCAAACCAAUCUGCAGGAAAAUCUUGAAAGCUUAGUACUCUGGGCAAGGUCUUUACUCAGCUGUGGCUUAUUCGAACGUUUAAUAGACCCUUACCUUCACGAAUGCUACAAGAAGGAAGAGAUGGAAACAAUGAUGUUUGCAGCACGCCUCUGCCUCUUGCAUUCAUCUUCUAAAAGGCCAACAAUGAAAAUGAUACUGAGGUUAUUUGAGGAGCCAGAAUACAGGCUAAUGAUGCUCGAGAGAGAUGACUCCCUGCAUGAGAAUAGCUCCAAAGGUGAAAGAGGCCUGUGGAGACAUGUUGACUCAGUCGGUGAUGACUCUAGAUAAUUGUAUACGUUAUCUUCAAGAUUUUUAGGAAAAAUUAUCUGAAAAUGCAAGCUCAAUGACCAAUUGGUAUGUAGUUUCUUUAAAUAAUUAUAUUAAUUGCUAAGAAUAACUUCAAAGGCCUUUUAUUAUAAGAUCUCUGCCCUGUAAACAAGUCACAUAUAUGUCAAAUGUACCAUUUUAUU